UCGAGUUCGUUUUCCACACUUAUUGUCAGAAUAAACUUGAAAAAAAAUUACGUAUUUACUUUUUUAUUUUUUUAAUUUACAUUAACAAUAUACAGGAUAUGUCUAACAAAUAAUGGUAAUAACUUAUCUAAAUAAGAAGUAAAAUUCUAGGAUAACUUAAUUUUCAAUGACAUUUAUCUCGUGCCACUUGUGCUGUGUGAUCUCUUUAGUGUAAAGUAUCUUAAUAUGAACAAAUACUCUAAUAGAUUAUUGUUUAUUAUAUUAAUUUUUACAUUAAUCCACUUCAAAUGUAGAGCUUCUGUUCCUAAGCCCAGAAACCCAGAUAGCCAGAAUCUAAGUAAAAGCAUUAUACCUGAUGAUUAUAUUAGAGAAGUUCGUCCACCAACAUUAAAAGGAAAACCUAUAGUAGUAGAUUUCAGUAUGAGAGUUGUCGAUAUCAACUCAAUAAACGUUGAAGACAUGGAUUUUAGAAUGGACAUGUUUUUGAAGACUCAGUGGACAGAUGCUAGAGUGAGGAUACCCGAGGAAAUGUUUGAGUAUGGCGAUGAUUCUGUCACUUUGCCGUCUCAGUUUUUUGACAGCUUGUGGCAACCCGACCUGUAUUUCCUCAACUCCAAAGUUGUUGAAAUCGCAACUUUGACACACAAAUUCUCAUCCGUAACGGUUUAUAGAAACAAAACUAUCCAAUAUUCUGCUAGAAUGCAUGCUAUAGUAGCUUGCCAAAUGGAGUUCUACAGUUAUCCAAUGGAUACACAAAUCUGUCCCAUAUCCAUAGAAAGUUUUUCAUAUAACAGCAAAAAGAUGAUACUAAAAUGGACAGGCCUGGGGGUUACUAUAAGUCCAGAAUUAAAACUUUUACAGUACAAUAUUUUGCAACCACUCCAAAUGCACCAAACCCAUGCAGUCACCAGUGAAAAAAAUGGAAAUUACUCUAGAUUAGUUGUUUUCUUCAAAUUUGAGAGACAAAUCGGUCAUCACUUGAUCCAGACUUUUGCACCAUCAACACUAGUGGUUGUAUUGUCUUGGUUCAGUUUUUGGUUGGAUUUGGAUGCUAUUCCUGGUAGGAUUACUCUUUUAGUGACAUGUCUCUUGACUUUGGUGACAAUGUUUACUGGAUUGAGAACAGAUAUUCCAGCAGUUGCGUAUGUUAAAGCUUUAGAUCUCUGGAUGGCAGGCUGUAUGAUCUCCGUUUUUGCCGCCUUAGGUGAAUUUGUAAUCGUCAAAGUUUUUCAGGGAAAAUACAUCUCUUUAAAACAAAAGGAAACUGAAAGAGCCAUGGAAACUGCCAUAACUCCAUGGACCACUGAUUUCAAUCCAGUAAAACGUAGACGCAGCACUAUUUAUUCCAGGGUUGGGAAAAAAGGCUGUAUCACCGUGUAUUGGAGAACUGAUAACGGAAAAAUCAAAAUAAUGUGGCGGGAAAUAGACAGGAUAGCCAGGAUUGUUUUUCCAGCUCUGUUUUUUAUUUUUUGUGCUCUGUACUGGUCUGUGUUAAUGAUAGGCAGCAAAAACAUCAAUCAGGCACACUAAAAAGCUGAAA